UACCAGUGAGUUAGAAGGACGAUGGCUGAACAAAAGAAGAAUGAUGAUCCAGUGAAGAAGGUAAAGACUGAGGCCACAAAAAUUUUUAAAGAUAUUUGUGAUGAUUUGAUUGAGCAAGAGGUUUUUAAUACAAAUCAGAUGAGGAAUAUGAAAAUACAAUUUUCAUCCAUCAAGGACAGGAGCGAAGACUUGGUUAAGACUGUCACUCAUAAGAGUGGCCAAAUUGGCCAAAUUGUUUUGAAAAGAUUACUGACAGCCACAAGACAACUGCAUUCAGGAAUCCAAGCUGAAGAUGAAAAUUCAGAGCCAAUAGAAAAUGCAGGGAUUUCGCAGACAGUGGCUUCCCUCUUAUUAGCACCUCGGCCUAUCCAGACAGCUGAACCACUAAACAAGGUCAAGCUCAACCCUACAGAUUUCUACCAUGAACUGAAAGAAGCAAAGGAUGAAGAGAUAUAUGCAGUCAUGGAAAAGGGAACCCGUACACGCCUGGCCCUCAUCAUCUCUAACACUAAAUUUGACUACCUAAAUGAAAGAAAAGAGGCUCAAUUUGACAUUCAGAGAAUGAUGGAGCUACUUCAGGACCUGGGAUAUAGUGUGGAUGUCAAAGAAAACUGUACAUCAUUGGAAAUGAAGUCAGUGUUGGAGGAGUUUGCCGACCGCCCAGAACACCAGUCCUCAGACAGCACCUUCUUUGUGUUCAUGUCUCAUGGCACCAAUGAUGUCAUCUUUGGAAUAAAUCAUAAACAGGAAGACCCAGAUAUUCUGGCCAAUGAUACCAUCUUUGAAAUUUUCAACAAUAGUAACUGUUACAGAUUGAGACAUAAACCAAAAGUUAUCAUUAUUCAUGGAUGCCAAGUAGGUAUGGUUUCAGAACAAAGUGCAGUGGCAGCUUCAGCAGGCAGCUGUGCCCAGUCCUCCAAAGAUGACAAAAAGAUCUUUUGGAAGGAUACUGUUGGAAAAGAGCAUGUAGAAAAGGACUUCAUUUGUUUUCACUCUACAACUCCAUAUGACAUUUCUUUGGAAGAUGAUCAAGUGGGUUCCCUCUUCAUCAGCCUAUUCAUUGAUUGUUUCCAACAAUACUCCUGGUGCUGUCAUGUGGAAGAAGUUUUCCAGAAGGUCCAAAAAUCAUUUGAGACUUCACAAGAUCCAAUCCAGAUGCUCAUCAUCGAAAGGCUAUCCAUGACAAGAUACCUCUACCUCUUUCCAGGAAUUUAAAGCUAUCCAAUGGCACCAGACUUUUCUAAACUAAGUUUUAAGGUGCAGCUCUGAGGAAUCAGUGUCUCAGUCUGAAAAUUCCUUCAUCCCUCAAGAGGCAGGAGAUGCUGAUUUUGCCACAUCCUCAAAGAAAAGAGAGAGCAACUGUUUGGACAAGUGAGAGCAAAGAACAACACAAAACUAGAUAGAGGUGAAAGAGUCUCUAUGCUAUGAAUUUGAAUACAUGAGACCCCUUCAGGGGAUUCAGUAUUCACACAAAUUGGGACCUUACUGUACCCACUUCAAUAUAACCUUGAGAAAUCAACAGAUCAACUCUGCUGGAAUUGGACUAUUAUUACCAACGGAACUGUUGCCAACAAUAAUACAGCUAAAAUGUGGAUCCAUAAAAAUCAUUAAGAAUGACAUUUCAAUACAUGACACAAAAAAUUUUCAAAAUAUAGAGAAAUAGCAAGAGGAAACCAAGCAAGAAGAAAACCAAAUGGAAACAGUAUAAGAAAUAAAAAAAAUCACUUAAUCCUGUCUGAUAUAGGAGUUGUACAGAUCCUGCUUUCACAUUGAGCUUACAGAUAUGCUUAUAUCUUAAUAUUUUUAUUCUAUAUUAAAAAGUAAUUUCAUCUACCUAUCCAGUAGCCUGUAGAACAUUAUCUACAAAAGAAUAAUAGCAGGAAAUUUUGUUUUUCUGGGACUGCUUCUAUAUG